AUGGCCGUUGCAUUGAUAGAGAGAACUGCGCCGGUGACAGCUAAUCAGCAAGCAUGUGGAAUCGAUCGUGAUUCAAUAACCUUGGUAGCUUUCCAACGGCCAAACUCAAUUGACAAUUUGGCAGGCAGCCGGACGGAGAGGCUGGCGUCGCUAGUUGGUGUGAGCCGUUUAAUUCCAGGUAUCAUUGGUGGAGCCGUCAUCGCCGCCGAAUCAUGGGAGCAAUGCGGCGCAGCUGAUCUGAUUGUUUCCACAUACUGGACAGAAAAGGAGGCGAUCAUGAUCCAGUCACAUCACGAAGGUGCAUGA